UCCCAUAUUUGGCUGCAGCUUCCGUUGACAGUUCAACGUCCCACGAUGGUGUGCGUGUGGAGCGUGUGGCAGCGGGGCUCCGUGUUUGCCGCGCGACUCGGAAAGAAGGACUGGGCGUGCAGUUUGGCGGGCCUUUCAGUCAGGUACUACAGCACCAAGACGGCACCUCAGAUACCAGGCAUGGAGUACCAGGAUGCCAUUUGCACUCUGAACACAUUACAGACCAAUGCCAGUGCUCUGGAACAGGUCCGACAAGAGCGGAGUCACCCUCAGCUGCAGCUCCAAGCCAUGAGAGGCUUCCUGGAGCGAGCUGGCCUCACAGUGGAGGAACUAGAUCAUCUCAAUAUCAUUCAUGUGACAGGAACAAAGGGCAAGGGCUCAACAUGUGCGUUCACUGAGCAGAUUUUGAGAAGUCAUGGCUUCCGCACAGGAUUUUACAGGUAAAACUGCAGUGUAUGAAUAAACUUUACACUAUUUGAUACGGAGGAAUGCUUUUUGUUUUAAACCAGAGAUGGUGU